AUGAACGCGAUAAAGCAGUUGACUGUGUAUGCGGAUGUUCGGGACGCACAGCUGCUGCAUCACCUCUCUACCGUUGCCACCAGCUUGUGCGAAAGUGUCACGAUUCACACAAUUCCUGACGCAGACGCUGCGAAUCCCUUAGCGUUCCUGCAUUUCUGGGAAAAGGAGAAGGAGGAUGUGUGGUCCUAUGUGAAAAAUGACGUCCCUAUCAUGCAUCGCCUGGAGUGCUUCGUGACCGACUCCAAGAACCGAAGCACUGGUGUGGUAGCCUAUGCGCUGUACUAUCGGAAGAUACCAGUACUGUCCCUCCUCGAUUUGGGGGAGAGUGCAGAAGGGAUGGAGGCGGAUUGGCUCGUCAAUGCCUUGUAUUUCACCGCUCCGAGACUCUGCUGCACGUCCGCCGUGGAUGCCGUGAAUUCUUUCUUCACCUUCCCUGCAGCUGCAGGAAAGGUGAUUGCAGUGGAAGGUGAAGGUGCCACACUGGUGGCGGUGCAGUGCCGCCUGUUAUGCGGGCACAUGCGCCGCGAGUGGAACAUGCCAGUGCAACUGGUAGGAGCUAGCGGCUGCGAUUUGGCCGAUACAGACGCGGCUUCUGAAGAUGAGGAGGAGUUGAGCCUUUAUGCAUCAUUGUGUGAUAGUCUGCUGAAGAAUCCUGAGCUCCAGACGAUCCGCGAAGAGGACCCGCAGCUCCAGGGUGCCCUCUAUGCGCUGAACCGUCACCACAACCUCACUGUUCUCCGCUAUCGUCUACAGCGCGGCAUCAACGUAGUUGUCUGUCGCCCCAUGUCGUGUGCGCUGGCGGAGUUUGUGAAGAGCUGCGAGCGACGAGGAAUAGGAACAUCAGACUCUCAGGAGGCACUGACGCGCGUCGUAAAGUCAUUGCUGCAAUUUGAGGAGCGGUGGCUUGGACUUCCCACGGCGGAUGUGGUGCUGUUUCGGGGGAAGCAUGAUCAUGCUGCUGUUGUGGGUGCGGAUGGUGGUGUUGGUGGCCCAUCAGCGAGGUGGGCAUCGUGGCUUUGGGGUGAAGGGACAGGACCAGUCAUCGACGCACUGUCCAAUUGGCGUGCGGUGGAGGUGGAAGAUGCGGGUGAUGAUGCACGGCAGUUUGAGUCACUGCAUGGUGGAUUGUGUGCUGCUGUACAAUCCUUCUUAUCUUGA